AUGGCGUCCCUGGAGGAAGAGCUGACCUGCUCUGUGUGCCGAGACUUCUUCAGCCAAGUCCACCCCCUGCCCUGUGGACACAGCUUCUGCCCCGCAUGCAUCCGCGAGGCCUGGGGCGGCCAGGGGGAGGACAAAGGUCGCUUUACCUGCCCCCAGUGUCAGGAGGAGCGAGCUGAAGUGCCCUGUGACUGCUGCCCUGCCGCUGCGGACGAAGGAAAGCCACAGUUGGCUGUUAAGACCUGCCUGAGGUGUGAAGUGUCACUGUGUGCCGCGCACCUCCAGCCCCAUCUGGAGCGACCUGCGUUUAGCACCCACCUGUUGGUGGACCCGCUUGGGGACCUCUCCCAGCGAAGAUGCCCGACACACACAGAGAUACUGAGGUACUACUGCGCUGAUGACAGGGUGUAUGUGUGUGGCGACUGUCUGCUGGACGGAAGCCAUUCUGAGCAUAAAGUGAAGGCGCUGAGACAGGUGGAGGAGGAUCUGAAGGUCAUACUCCAGACCUUGCUGAGCAAAGCAGAGGAGAAGCUGAGAGAUGGAGAGCGAAUCAUCAAAGAGCAUGAGAGUAUUGAUUCAAUCAUGGCUGACUCCCUAAAGCAGGAUAACACCCAGGUGGAGCGGCUGGGCACAGAACUGCAGGUCCAGGUGAUGAGGCUGGUGGUCGCUCUGAGGGAGAUCACCAGGAGGGAGAGACAGCAGGUCAUAGAGCGCGUGCAUGAGGACUUCUCCAAGGUGAGAAGCGAGAUGAGCCAGGCACUGAGCAUCCAGCACUACCUGGCCACGCUGCUGGCAGAGACGGACCCCUUCCUGCUCAUCUGGGCCUUUCAAUCAGAUGAUACAAAGUUAUUAGCCGACCUGAACAGCCCACUGUUCAUCCCUGACGCCGUCAGUCUGGACAGGAAACACAUCUUGGAGGACAUAGAGAGCAAGUAUCGAGAGUUCAUCACCGGCACCCUCCGCUGCCUCAGUGAACUCAAGAGGGAGCUCUUAACCAGUCCCUUGACUCUGGACACUAACACGGCCCAUCCUCUGUUGAGCAUCUCUGAUGACCUACGCUCGGCAACUCGGGUUAAAAACCGCCUGCCCUGCGCUGCUCACCCCGAACGGUUCGACCACUGGCCGCAGGUCCUCGCCGGCCAGACCUUCACCUCUGGGACUCACUACUGGGAGGUGGAGGCUGAAGGAUUCUGGGAUAUUGGCGUCUGCUAUAGAAGUAUUGGACGGAAGGGGAAAGAUGGCAACGCCUUUGGGAACAAUAAGGUAUCAUGGAGCUUGACCCAGCAGCAUGACAGAAGGCUGGCUGCCUGGCACAACCGCAGGAAGACCCGGCUCACCUGCCAAAUGACUGGCAACCGAGUUGCCAUCGCCGUGGACUACGGCGCAGGCACCGUCACCUUCUCCGAGGUGGGACCAUCUAACAACCUGACCCACCUCCACACUUUCUCCGCCACGUUCACUCAGCCGUUGUGCUUGGGCUUCGGACUAUACAAAGCUGAGCUCAACAGUCACAUCCAAAUCGUCAAAGUCUGA